AGGUCCCAUAAGCAUGAGAGAAUAAGUAAUGCAUGCUCAGGCAGAUUCCAAGGAACCAAAUACCUCUGAGGAGCACCAGAUUUCAGCUUAUGGGAUGCUUUGAUUGCUCUGUGGCUGCAUUUAGGAGAAGGAAGCUGCAGUCAUGCGUCAUCACUGCCAGCCUCACAUCUCUUGAUGGUUAAAGCCUUAGGGUGCAGCAAGGGAAAAUUUAAAAUAACAAACAAAGCAAAAGCAGGAGGUGAUGUUCCAAAGCAGAGGAAGGCUAAGUUUAUAUAUACAAAUGUCAAGUGUGUAUGGUGCAAAACUAGGACCAGUUGGUGGAAUUGGUGGUCAAAAGCAAAAGCCUUCCUUUUUUUUUUUUUUCAAGGCCCAGUCCCAAGACGCAAGACCACUUGCACCAGCAGCGUGCAUCAGCAAGACAGCAAAAGCAGUAAGAGAGCUGCCUGGAAGACAUCUACCCUGGCCAGAAGACACCUACGCUUGCCGGAAAACACGUACCCCUGAAGAUACAGAAAGAGGCCAUCCGGGUACUACGCAGCACUCACGUCAGACUGGGACACUUCCUGUUUACCGAGGACUGUAAAACCCCUGUCCUGUCCUCACUUGGGGCUGACGCCAUCUUAGGCCUCAGCCCGCCUGAACCCAGGCGUUCAUUAAAACAGCAUGUUACUCCACACCGCCUUGUAUUGUUUGUUGGUCCCACUCUCUGGGCUCCAAGCAAUACAAACACCUUUCAAACAGUAUAUUCUUCAGUGUCUUGAUCCUCCAAAUAACUCUCUUCUAAUUCCUCCUGACCACAAAAAGCACUUAGACUCUAGGAUGACUGAUUCUAGCCCAGUGGCCUGGCAAUGGUGAAUUAUACCUUGCAUAUCACAUUCUUGACAUUUGUGUGUGCUAGCAUAAGAAUUAUAAUUGAAACAGGGAUUUAAGUAUCUCCUCUCUAGGUGCCUACCCUCCUUGGACUCAGGUCAAAUUUAUUAAAGGAAGUUUUUUUCUAGAUAGGUUGUUUGAAAUAAAACAACAGCAAGUUCAAGUAACACAGUGUACCUACAGCUUUUAACUAAAAUAGAGGACUUGGGUCCUGAAACAAUUUCCUUUGAUUUUCAGGUAUUUUAUCUAUAAAAAGGGAGAUAAAGCAUUAGUUCAUAGGAUAGUUAUAUGUUUAAAUGUGAUAAUGUAUGUUAACCACCUUGCAUGUACUCAAAUGUGUUUUGAAAUCUAACAUCUACAUUUUGAUAGUUUAACUGUUCUACAUAAGUGACUUACAACAGGCAUUAAAUGUUGUUUGGCGUUUUCAUAUAUCUGUAUCUGUAUCUUAAUCUACAAUGAGCUUAACUUUAAGUGCAGCAUAAAACAGAACCUUCAAUAAAGUGGUAAUAUUAGG